AUGGAGAACUAUAAAAGAGUAGAGAAGCCUCGCCAUGAGGUCCCUAUUAUGGAUAACGAGAUUCACAUAGGUACCCGGGGGAUGCCUAGGAAGUAUGUUACACAUACAAUAACUUUGCUCACAGAGAGAGGUGCAUCUACAGUUGUGUUGAAGGCAUUGGGAAAUGCAAUUAGUAUGGCAGUAACAGUUGCAGAGAUCGUUAAGAGGAGGAUUCCAAAUCUUCACCACAACACAACAAUUAGCUCUACUCCUGUAACAGAUAAUUGGGAGCCUGUUGAGGAAGGUCUUUUACCUUUGGAGAUAAUGAGGCACGUAUCGAUAAUAACAAUCACAUUGUCCACAAAGCAACUUGACACGUCAUCUACUGGUUAUCAGCUACUAGUUAAGCCUAUACUUGAAUAUGAAAAUGAGGGAGAGGAUUUUCAAUUUGUAUCGGGCAAAGCUCGAGCUCGUGGGAGGGGAACUGGAAGAGGAGCUAUUGCUGCUUCUCACUAUAGGGGUGACUAUCAAGCUCAAGGACAAUAUGUCAAUGGUAGUUGGAAUAACAAUGGCAGGGGACGCCAUAGGAGGAGCGGGCUUGGUAAUUAUAAUGAAAAUGGCUUUGGUAGAGGCCAAGGUCAUGGUGAAGAUGGAUGGCAAGUAGUUUCUCGAAGCAUAGGGCGUGGCAUGGGGUGGACACGAGCAAGGGGUGGAAGGAAUUAA